CCGGAGUAAAAGAGUUUGGCUACAUUUACCCAAACACUAGGACUAGGAGUAAUGGCAGGUAUUUUACGGGGACACAGAAGGCUCUUGUGCUAGAUUGUGGUUGCCUUGUUACUUAACCUGCAAGUGGAAAGACUGGCAAGUUACACAUGAACAAAAGAAUGGAGCAAACAAUAGCUGAGAAUAGGCAGAGCUUGGUCAGACAGGGGAGCUGCUUCUACCACCUGUGGAUGUUUCGGAAGGAGAGCUUUUUGAGUUGCCAUCUGGCACCAAAGGGCUGAAGAAUGAGUAAGAAAGGAUGGGAGUCUCGGUGGCUCAAUAUAAAAGUUAUCACCUGAUUUUUUUUUUAACAUGUCUCUUUAAGUAGUUUAAAUGGGAGUGAAAAUGGUGGAGCGAAAGCCUUGAACUGCUGCCUUGAAUUGUUUAGACAUAGGAAAGCUUUACAAGGAAUCUACUUUGUAAACAGCAAACAGCUGGAUUUUACCCGGAGAUACUGGUGCUGGUACAGGUGGAGAAAGUAAAGGAAACUUCACAUGUGAUUGAAAGGGCCCAGGAAAUGUAGCUAGCGCUGAGUGAGUUGCAUUAAGUAGCUGAGAGGAUCACUGACUCUGUCCUUAGUUGGAUGACACAUGGAUGCAUCUCCCAGAUCAUACUGCUAAAAUUAAGAACUUCCUCCUUCCCCUCCAAGGGUAGAAAUGAGCUUCAUUUCCUCCUGAGGAGUGGCACCUACAGGGAGGGAGCUGGGAGAAUAGUAGUUGCUAGAAAUUAUUACUUGAAGUAUAGGUUUUUGUGUUUGUUCCAUUGUUUUUAAGGAAAGUUACAAUUGAAACAUUUUUAGUGCCCUUUAAACUUAGUUUUAAGUAUAUAGCGUCUUGGGGGGUCCUAGGCUUUUUUUUAAAGCCAGUUUAUAGCUAUUUGUUUCUAAGUGGUAUAAGCCCCAAAGGAGAGGAGCUUGCUCUCGGAGCCUUAGGCAAACUCUUCUUGAGCCUGAGAAUGAUGACCAUUUCGUUACUGAAUUAUGGUUCUGAAUUUGGCAAACCUUUCAAGGCACUGGAGUUGUGUGAGCUGUACUGAGGUGUGGAUUUCCUUGUCAUCAUGUCUCCUAUGGUUACUUUUGUGGAAAGACACUUCAGUGUAUUUAACUCUGCUCCUGUACUGGCAAGUUACCGAAUGCCUAAAAAGAGAAGAGAAAAACAAUUUUUGUUUAAAUCUUAGGAGGUUAAUUGUUCACAGUGAGUUGGCCUGCUCUUUUUGAUCACAGCCAUUUGCUUACAUCCAGGAUGUUAUACAUCAGUUGUUACGGAAUUGGGAUUUCUCGCCUUUCAGUUCAGGACCCCUUUGCAGUGGUGACUGCAUCAGCUGAAAAAUCAGAAUGUCAGCAAGAAUACUGUUGAAGAUGGCAUUGCAACCACAGAAUUUCCAGUUUACUCGACUGUGUAGCCCAGUUUUGUCAUAUAUCAUGCAGCUUCAUCUCUGCGUGCAGUGUCUGUGUGUGAAGAGACCUUCUGGUAUACUGAAAAAGAUUGGAAAAGCUGUGUGCUCUGCUAAUUUUAUGGUGUAAAUGAGUUCCCCUUCUCUUGAAAUGUUAGCCGUGUGAGCACAACAUAAGGAAAUUCAUUACACACUCUUCUAACGGUAAGGCAGAACUAAUAAGAGAAUGUGUUUAAAAUUAAUUGUGGGACUGUAAAAAUGAGUGGGUGUGUAAAUGGGCAUGGGGAGAGGAGAGGGAGAGCUCAGAGAUAGUCUUGUUUUCCCAGGAGCCAGCCUGGAUCAUUUGUUGGCAGUACAUAUUGGCUGAAGUCAGUUUUCAUUUCAAGAUGUUUUCUUCCAAUGGGCUUUUGGUGUAGAAUGUUGGAGAACCAAGAGCAGGAGGAGGUGAUCACUGUGCGUGUUCAGGACCCCCGCGUGCAGAAUGAGGGCUCCUGGAAUUCUUACGUGGAUUAUAAGAUAUUCCUUCAUACCAACAGCAAGGCUUUUACUGCUAAGACAUCCUGUGUGCGUCGCCGCUACCGAGAGUUUGUGUGGCUGAGAAAGCAGCUACAGAGAAACGCUGGUUUAGUGCCUGUACCUGAACUUCCUGGGAAGUCAACCUUCUUUGGCAGCUCAGAUGAAUUCAUUGAGAAGCGACGACAAGGUCUGCAGCACUUUCUCGAAAAGGUCCUGCAGAGUGUGGUCCUCCUGUCAGACAGCCAGUUACACCUCUUCCUGCAAAGCCAGCUCUCGGUGCCUGAGAUAGAAGCCUGUGUCCAGGGCCGAAGCCCCAUGUCCGUUUCCGAUGCCAUUCUUCGCUAUGCUAUGUCAAACUGUGGCUGGGCCCAGGAAGAGAGGCGGGGCUCCCCUCACCUGGCUAAAGGAGACCAGCCUAAGAGUUGCUGCUUUCUCCCAAGAUCGGGCAGGAGGAGCUCUCUCUCACCGCCUCCCGGGGAAGAAAAGGACAGUUUCGAGGUGUGGGCUCCUGCUGUUGACUCUGAGGCUCCUUCCUUGGAGAGCCCCCCUCUCCCACCUCCCUCCUUUCCGUCAUGCUGUGGUUUUGCAAGACCUGAUGAGGGAAUCUCUGCUCCUCAGCCUGUGAGGAGGGCCAUGGGAGGGGACCGUGCAGUGCGUUUGGAUCCUGGUCAGUUGGAAACAACAGUUUUGGAAAAGUGAGCUCUGCUUGGAGCUCUGGGUUCUGCUCUGAGGCGGAUGAAGGAGAUGUGGGCCGGGAGACUUGCUCGGGUGGGGCUGGGCCCAGGCCAGUGGUGGGGAGGCUGGGCUGCUUCGUGUCUUACCGUGGCCUCUGCUCGCGUUGGUUGCGUGGAGGUCGGUGACAACUCGUCAGGCUUCUUCCAUAGAAAUAGACACUGUGCGGAUGUUUAUAAGUUAAGCACAAGGCGCAGGGGUUGUUGGUUCUGAACCAAACCCCAUAUUUACUCUUCUGGGAGCUGAAUUUCUUUAGAUGUUUGUUAACAGGCCUAGGAGCACUGUCUCAGGUGACUGGUUUUGGGGACCUGUAGGUGGCAGAUUUUCAGCUGCCAUAUUGAAUAUUGUUCAACAGAAAUGCUUGUGUCAUUGUAUUCCCACGGGCUCUAUUUUUGCUGCAGCCCCUGGAGCACUUAGUUUCUGGGAGGCUGGCCUCUUGCCUACCUCCUUGCAUGGACAGGGAGGUAAAUAUUCUCCCACCUCCUUGCUUUUCCUCCACUAAUACCACUGAAUGGAACGGUGCUGUGACUCCUGUCACUGGGGUUUCCUGCACAUCCCAGGACCUUGGCCUGGCUUUAUGGGGCCAAGACCCAUGAAAUAGCUCAUGGCCAUCCACGAAAGAGAAGGGUUUGGUCACAGCCAUAGGAAAGGGACCAGUUCAGGGGCUUUGUUUUGGAAAGGAUGCCCUGGGCUGUCACCGUCUCUCUGGUUAUAAAGCGGAGAUGCGUCUGUGUUCUCUGCAGGGUAAGCAUGGGCUCCUUUCUUUUUUGAAUCCUUUUCUUCUCCCUUAGUAACAGCUCCCUGCCCCCAGGCUUCAGCCACCACGUGUCCCUCCGCUGUGUUGCUGUGUUGCCGUAUGUUCAAUCCAGUGGGGUGCAGGGGCUUUGUUUCUGCCUGGAGAGAGGGCUCUGGGGAUGGAGAUGAGGAACAACACGCCUUCCUUCAGACAAUGAGGCAUUCUGCCCUCCUGCUGCCGUAAUUCUCUCCUCUGAGAGCCAGAGCUGGUAGGAGAUGAGUGCCGCUGGCAUUCUGCCCUGCCCUGCCCUUGGGUUUGUGUGUGUGGUUCUUCCCCUUCUUGCCCGCUUCUCCCUCCUCUGGCCAUCGCACCCUGUCUCUGGGCUCUUUUACUACCAGCCUAUGCCAUGGGACUGUCAUGGCAUUUAGUUCAGAGUUGAGGGGUUUUGGCUUGAAAUAAAAUUCAAGUAUUUAAGACUGUUGUUGCAGUUGGUGUCUAACAAGCUGUAGCAGUGGAGGAGGGAGUGAGGGCUGGCAGUAGUUACUUUCAUAAAUCAUGAAUUUAUCAGCGUGGAAAUAAUGGUUCAGAACCAUGCACGGCAGCUCUCCUGUAUUGUGUGUGCAGCUCAAGUUCACCACUGGAGGAAGAAUUGCCUUCCAAAGAGUCAGGAUCCAGCUCCUCUCACAGUUAUGGGCACGAACCUUGUUAGGUAUAAUUUACCUGAUGCUGCUUCCGUCCUCGCAGCCUGUCUGAGGUGCCAGGUGCUGAAAGAGAAAUAAAGUUUGUCAACAGGCAGAUGCGGAGCCCUCGCUGGGACUCAUUUCUCUUUCCUGCCCGCCUCCCCUGGGUCUCUCCUUUAUAUGAUGCAGCAGAGCAAGGCGAGGAUAGAAAACCUACAGAGGCAAAUCCAAAAUGUCAGAAGAAGUUCAUUUAAAAGGGGAAAAAACUCCAUACACAAACCUCACAAAAACCCGACAGAUGCUAAGCUAAUGGUAUCCGCUCUGCCGAUUGGUGGGGAUGACUCAUGAAUAUUAAUGAGUCCAAUGCUCCAAAUGGUGCAGCUGUGAACCCAGCUGUGCUUGAAGCUCUCUGAUUUCAAAACUUCCAGACAGGAGCCGGAGGUGGUCUGUGUCAAUUCCCUACUCAGCCAAAAAACAGCAAGCUGGGUUGGCCUUCUUCUGUUCACUCCUUUUCUUCCUGGAGUUGGUGCUCAGCAGCUAAUUCUGCCAGCAGGGUAGGCUGCUGGGACAGCAGGAGCUGCUCAAAGACACAGAUGCAAUUUUUCUGACUCUUGGCUUUUUUUUUUUUUUUUUUUUUGCUGUACGCUGGCCUCUCACUGUUGCGGCCUCUCCCGUUGCGGAGCACAGGCUCUGGACGCGCAGGCUCAGCAGCCAUGGCUCACGGGCCCAGCUGCUCCGCCGCAUGUGGGAUCUUCCCGGACCGGGGCACGAACCCGUGUCCCCUGCAUCGGCAGGCGGACUCUCAACUACUGCACCACCAGGGAAGCCCUCUUGGCUUUUUUAAUGAUCCAUUAUCAGCAGUGCAUACAACAGCACCUCAGUUAAUCUAAGGCCAGGCACCAUCCCUGCACUGUCUUGUGCAGAGUUGAGUGUAGACCAUGGAAGGAGAUGUCCUGAGAGGGGAAGAGUUUUUCUAUGGGCCUGGAAUUACCAGAAAAACAGCAAAGAUGGAUUUUCCUCUUCAUCUAGGCAGUGCCAUCUGCCUGUCUCCCAUUUUGCUCUGUCCCUGUGUGUACUAAGGGCUGCCACCGAUGACCUCUGUAGGGAAGAUAGGGAACUACUAGGGGGAGUGGUCUACUGAGUUGUUUUGUAGAAUGGAAGUAUUUUUGGUUUGAAGUAGGUUCUGUGCCUGACUUAUAGUUACCUAAUUUUUUUUUUUUUUUUUUUUUGGCUGUGCCAUGCGUCAUGUGGGAUCUUAGGUUUCUGACCAGGGAUUGAACCUGUGCCCCUUGCAGUGGAAGCACAGAGUCCUAACCACUGGACUGCCAGGGAAUUCCCUAGUCACCUCUCUUCCAACAAGUCUAGUCAUCUGGUCCAAGUCUAGUCCAAGUGGUCCAAGUCUAGUCAUCUGUUACCCAGGAUAAGUGAUCCCAAUCUCAUGGGUUUCCUUUUGUUUGGUGGAAGUGUGUGUGUGUGUAGGAGGAGAUGGGUUUUCUUGUGUGAACAUAAUAAGUUUCAUAUGCAUCUUUUUUUAAAAAAAUAAAUUUAUUUA